CGGGAGAAACCGCCUGUCGUCUCCGGGUCCAGCCGCUCCUUGUCAGGAUGAGCACAUCAGUGACCUGUGCCUCGUCAGAGGACCGUCCCGCGUGCGAGGCGGGGUCCGCGGCUGGGGGUCCGGGAUGCCAGUUCAGCCUGAUGGAGAUGAGCGAGGUGGAGUACCUCCAGCACAUGAUCCAGAGCCACAUGGAGGCCCCGGGGCCGGAGACGGGCAGCUCGGGCUUCUCUCAGCUGGAGGAGAGCGUGUCCGCCCUGCAGGAGAUCCGGAUGCUGCGGUGCGAGGCGACCCCUGACGGGGAUGUGGAGGUGCCCGGCUCUGUGCUGGACCGAGCUGAGUGUGCCGGAGCAGACGGGCCGCACCGGAGAGGGCCGCUGGAGCGCCAACCCAGUCCACCGGCACGAGUCUGCCUGGAGAAAAGAUUUUUAUCAGUGCAUUGCCACUCUACGAACAUUUCAGGAAUAUCCUCGAAUGCAGACAAGAUGGGGAAAACCCAAGGCACGUAUCCACACGAAGGACAUCUGUUAAAAACUUCUGAGCUGCUCAUCCCUGCAGAGGUGCCUGAGAGUUUCAGACCGCUGUGUCUCAUUCACACUGGCCCUGCUGACCUGCAGACUGCCGGCACACUCAAGAAUGAGGUGAAUAAAGCUCAUGUCAUCAAGCGUGUUCGGGCUCGGGUGCUCAGGCCCUCUGAUGUCACGCAGCGCUCAGAGAACUGGAGGAUACGUGCCAGUCUGUCUUGUGCUCAGCGAGACCGCACCAGACCUCUCAUGGACCGAACGCAACGCAAAGAAGUGCACAAUAGAAAGGAGCGUGAUCGCAGGAGGAGGAUCCGCCUGUGCUGUGACGAGCUGAACCUGCUGGUGCCGUUCUGUUACGCUGACACUGAUAAGGCCACCACACUGCAGUGGACCACAGCCUUCCUCAAAUACAUACAGGAGAUCCACGGAGACUGCCUCAAACAGGAUUUCCAGAGAACCUUCUGUGGCAAGACAGGCCUGCGGUUAAAGCCCAGUGUGUCAGUCGCACACCACCCGGAGAACCCGGUCACACACACCUAACCUCUGCCUCAGCUCUCAGUGUGGAGGGCAGGUUAUUGCCUUGGGAUUUACGUGUUUGUUGUGGCUUUACUGUACGAUGCCAGUUCGUGUCCAGCCUGUGAGCGUCUGUUCUGAUAGGCCGAGAGGAGAGCGAGGACACACUGCUGAAUUUCGCCCUGUCAUAUUUUGGGUCUGCAAACUGAGGACAUUCAGUGGCUGUGCAGGAGGUGUGAGACGCUGACCUGCGAACAUCUGUUGUGUGUUUAUUAAUGCUUUGUAUUUUAUGCCUUGUUUGUUUGAAAGGCAUGGCCAUUGUUCUUUUAAUGCAUUUUUUUACUAUUUUAAUUAAAAUAUUGUUAUAUAUUUAA